UGUGUUGGAGUGGCUUGUGUGUUGUUGGGCAAAGAGAAAAGGAGGCAGCGCCUGAAUAUUUUUUUUGCAACACAGGAGGUCAUAGAUCCGGCACUUGUCUUUACAGAAGAAUCGGGCAGAGGAGGAAGGCGAUCCAGUGGUCCAGGUGGAGUCUGUCUGGAGAGGAAGGAAGGAUGAGCGGAGAGCCAGAAUCAGUUGGUCCAGAAGCAAGAAAAGGCCCUGAUGCUACUGAGACUGGGAGCAGAAGGGAAUUGUGGGAAGGCAUAAUAUGGAAGAACUUGGGAAAGGAUUUUCCCCUUUCAGAUGUGCAGUGCCAGCAAUUCAGGCACUUCUGCUACCAGGUAGUGGAGGGGCCCCGAGUGACUUGCAGCCAACUCCACCAUCUUUGCCACCAGUGGCUGAAGCCAGAAAGGCACAGCAAGAAGGAGAUACUGGACCUGGUGAUCCUGGAGCAGUUCCUGGCCAUCCUGCCCCCAGAGAUGGAGAACUGGGUCAGGGAAUGUGGUCCAGAGACCAGUUCCCAGGCGGUGGCCCUGGCAGAAGGCUUCCUCCUGAGCCAGGCAGAGGAGAAGAAUCAGGACCAGCAGGUGCAGGAAAAGAUCACGCAUGAGUGUUACCAAGGAGCAGCUUUUCGGGGUAAAGCCUUGAAACCAAUGAUGUGUUCUUUACCAUCUCUUUGCAGCAGAGAGGAAGCAGCUCCUGUACGGAUAGAUGGGGCUCUGGUGACCUUUGAGGAGGUGUAUGUCCAUUUCAGUGAGGAGGAGUGGGCUCUGCUGGAUCUGGACCAAAGAAGCCUUCAUAGGGAAGUCAUGGAGGCUAAUCGUCAGACUGUGGCCUCUCUGGAGGCUGAUGGUUCCCAGAAAAAGCCUGAAGAAGAACCCAAACAGCUCCCAUUGGAAAGGGAAGAGGAGAGAAGAGGCAAUGGAAAAAGAUGGAAAUGGGGGAACGAUUCACCUGCUUCUCAGAGUGCUGAACCCCAGGACAUCCUGCCAUACCAUAGAAGAAUCACUUGCCCCAUGUGUGGAAAAAAAUUCAUUUACCAAUCAGUAUUUGAUAUGCAUUGGAGAAAACACAAAAGAGAGAAACCGUAUAAAUGUGUGGACUGUGGAAAGAGCUAUGCACAGAAUGCCCGUCUUACUGUCCACCGACGUAUCCAUACAGGGGAGAAACCAUAUAAAUGCAUGGAGUGUGGAAAGAGCUUUGCUAAGAGUGCAGUACUUAUUGUCCAUCAACGUAUCCAUACAGGGGAGAAACCGUACAAAUGUGUAGACUGUGGAAAGAGCUUUGUUCAGAAUGCGCAGCUUACUGUCCAUCAACGUGUCCAUACAGGGGAGAAACUAUAUAAAUGUAUAUACUGUGGAAAGAGCUUUGCUCAGCGUGAAAAACUUACAGACCAUCAACGUAUCCAUACAGGGGAGAAACCAUAUAAAUGUAUAUACUGUGGAAAGAGCUUUGGUAAGAGUGCACAGCUUAUUGUCCAUCAUCGUAUCCAUACAGGGGAGAAACCAUAUAAAUGUGUAUACUGUGGAAAGAGCUUUGCUAAGAGUGCACGGCUUACUCUCCACCAGUGUAUCCAUACAGGGGAGAAACCAUAUAAAUGUAUGGACUGUGGAAAGAACUUUGCUCAGAGUGAUGGUCUUACCGUUCAUCGACAUAUCCAUACUGGAGAGAAACCAUAUAAAUGUGUGGACUGUGGAAAGAACUUUUCUCGGAGUGACACUCUUACUGUCCAUCGACGUAUCCAUACCGGAGAGAAACCAUAUAAAUGUGUAUACUGUGAAAAGAACUUUGCUAAGAGUGCACUGCUUAUCGUCCAUCAACGUAUCCAUACAGGGGAGAAACUGUACAAAUGUGUAUACUGUGGAAAGAGCUUUGUUCAGAAUGUGCAGCUUACUGUCCAUCAACGUGUCCAUACAGGGGAGAAACCAUAUAAAUGUAUGGACUGUGGAAAGAACUUUGCUCGGAGUGACGGUCUUACUAUCCAUCAACGUAUCCAUACAGGAGAGAAACCAUAUAAAUGUAUGGACUGUGGAAAGAACUUUGCUCGGAGUACAGGUUUUACUAUCCAUCGACGUAUCCAUACUGGGGAGAAACCAUAUAAAUGCGUGGACUGUGGAAAGAACUUUACUCGGAGUGACACUCUUACUGUCCAUCGACGUAUCCAUACUGGAGAGAAACCAUAUAAAUGUGCUGACUGUGGAAAGAACUUUGCUCGGAGUUCAGAUUUAACUGUCCAUCAACGUAUCCAUAACAGGGAGAAACCAUAUAAAUGUGUGGAGAACAAUGUUUGGAAAUGAGGUUCCUUCUCUUUCUAAAUCAUCCCCGUCACAGGUUCCACCCACAGAUCUCCAAGUAUUUCCUAAGCAGAAGUUGGCAACCGUAAGACAGGAGUGUUGCACCAAUAUAAAUAAAAGCACACUGCAGUAAUCAAUACUAAGCAAUACUAGGCCAUGUACUUGUAUUCUAGAUGAACUUUCAAACUUUGCAUGAACUGUCUGUGUGUUUUUUCUAAGUGUUAGGUAAUUCUAACAGGUGUGCUUUAAUUUUUUGACAGUUAAUUAAAAUAGUGAUUAGAUUAGAAAUAGAUUAAUGUUCCUCUAUCAGAGAUUCAACCAAUAGUGAUCUCUUAACCCUUUCUGACAUUUCUCAGAGAUUUAUAGUUUUGUUUUGCAAGUUUGAGUAUAAUAUCAUUUCUUACUAAUUGGAAGGUUAUACAAAAAAAUUAUGAAUAUUCAAUGAAGCAUCAAACCAAUUAUCGUUUGUUUGUGCUAUCACGUGAAAAGAUCUUAGAUAUUUGCGUAUGAUAACUUACAAGAAAUGCAAAUUCAGAUAGAAUGUCAGAACUCUGAUGGAAGAAAUCUCUUGAGAGAAUUUACCUAGGCAUUUCAUAGAAACUUUGAUUUAAACUUAGAAUUAAUUAGGAAAUGUUAGCAAACUUAUUUCUCAUUGCCUUUCUGUGUUCUGUUUUUAUAGGAUUUAUAUUAAUAACCAUUUAU